AUGCUGGCGGCGGGCGCGAUGGACGGGCCCCGGCAGAGCGCCUUCCUGCUCGGCAGCCCGCCGCUCGCCGCGCUGCACAGCAUGGCCGAGAUGAAGGCGCCGCUCUACCCCGCCGCCUACGCGCCGCUGCCGGCCGGACCGCCCUCGUCCUCGUCCUCGUCUUCCUCGUCCUCGCCGUCCCCGCCACUGGGCGCGCACAAUCCCGGCGCCCUGAAGCCCCCGGCGGCGGGCGGGCUCUCGGCGCUGGGCAGCGCCCCUCAGCAGCUCUCGGCCGCCACGCCGCACGGCAUCAACGACAUCCUGAGCCGGCCCUCCAUGCCCGCGGCCGCGGGCGCGGCGCUGCCCUCCGCCUCGCCCUCCGGCUCUUCGGCCUCCUCUGCCUCGUCCGCCUCCGCCUCGUCCGCCUCUGCCGCGGCCGCCGCCGCUGCCGCUGCUGCUGUUGCUGGGGGCCGUGCGGGUCUUCUCGGCGGGGACUGUGUCCGGUAA